AUGAUGUCCACCGAAACCAUCACGCCCGGCAGCAAGGUCGGGUUCGACUCCAUCACCCAGCAGAUUGAGCGACGGCUUCUGAAGCGAGGGUUCCAGUUCAACCUGAUGGUUGUGGGCCAGUCUGGUCUCGGAAAGACCACGCUCAUCAACACUCUGUUUGCGUCGCAGUUGGCAUCUUCUUCUGGACGAACUGAGGCCGGCGAACCCAUCACUAAGACCCCCGACAUCAAGUGCGUCAGUCAUGUGGUUGAGGAGAACGGCGUGCGUCUCAAGCUCAACAUCAUCGAUACCCCUGGUUACGGUGACCAGGUCAACAACGAAAAGUGCUGGGACCCCAUCACCAAGUACAUCAAGGACCAGCACAGCCAGUACCUUCGAAAGGAGCUGACUGCGCAGCGAGAGAAGCAUCUUCCCGACACCCGGGUGCAUUGUGUGCUCUUCUUCAUCCAGCCCACCGGCCACGGUCUCAAGCCCAUCGACAUAGUCGUGCUCAAAAAGCUGACUGAGAUUGCCAACGUGGUGCCCGUCAUCGCCAAGAGCGACUCGCUAACCCUGGCCGAACGACAGGCCUUCAAGGAGACCGUGCAGAUGGAAUUUGCCCACCACAGACUCAAGCUGUACCCUCUGGACUCGGCCGACUACGACGAGGACGAACAGUAUCAAAACGCACAGAUCAAGCAGUUUAUCCCCUUUGCUGUGGUUGGCUCCGACAAGAACGUUGUUGUGAAGGGCAAGACUGUGCGAGGACGAAAGACCCGGUGGGGUGUUGUUAACGUGGAGGACGAGACUCACUGCGAGUUCCCCUACCUGCGAAACUUCCUCAUUUGCUCCCAUCUGCAGGAUCUCAUUGAGACUACCGCCCAUGUGCACUACGAGGCGUUCCGAUCCAAGCAGCUUCUUGCUCUGAAGGAGAACACCAGCAGUGGUCAGAGUGCUGGCAUUUCGCCCGCUGGUGUCCCCAAGCCUCAGCCCCAGCCCCAGCCCCAUUCCCAGCAUCCCUUUGCUUCCACCGCCGGUGUGCCUGGCAGUGCAGGAUCCGCAGGUCCUAACACCAAUGGUAUCCAGCAGCCCGUUGGGGCUCCCCCAGUGCCCAGUGGCUACUACAAGCGGUAG